AAAUAAAUAUAAAUUGCUCAUUCGCUUUUCGCCAUCUGGACGGCUUGUUUGUGGGAAAAUUAUCUGCCCGGCUUCUCCAGCCCUUUGCACUGCUUUUUUAUCCGCUCUACUUUCAGGUCUCCCACUGAUACGGUUUCCUGAGACGCUAUCCUAGACACUGCAGAAUUGUCCUGAACACCCCCGAAGCAAGCACUGUAAAAGGCUACUACUAUGUUCAAGCCAUCAAUUGCCAGCCAGAUACUCCGGGUUGCCAGCCAUGGCUGCAAGGGUGCAGCAGCUGUCCGUUCCACAUCUAGACCGGCUCUCAUCAUCAACACCACGACCCGCAGCAUCUUCACAACCCCUAACCUAAAUGCCAACAAGAGAGACGACAAGGACGACGACCCGUUCAAGAAGUCCAGCACGGCUGCUUCCGCAGAGGAUACCGCAGAGCAUGAGGGUCGCUAUGCCCGAACGGAUGAAAGCGUCCGCGUCGAAUACCCCGAAGAUCAUGAGAUGCCCCGCAGCCCCAUCGUCCAGGGCCGCGGCGGGAUGCACUUCAAGCGGACGCUGGCGUCCUUUUCGCUGGAGGGUCGUGUUUCGGUUGUUACCGGGGGCGCCCGUGGAUUAGGGCUGGUUAUGGGCCAGGCGCUCGUGUCGUCGGGCUCUGAUCUUGCCAUUGUGGACUUGAACAAGGAGGAGGCUGAGGAGCAGGUGCAGAAGUUGGUGGCUCAGUAUAGGGAAGAAAACCCGGGCAUUGAAAUCAUGCCCAAGGUAACCGCCCAUUACGCCGACGUUGCAAACCCCGACUCCGUCAACGAGUGCAUCACCAGUGUCCUCGGCGCCCACGGCCGCAUCGACAACCUCGUCACCUCCGCCGGCUUCACCGAGAACUUCGAUGCCAUCUCCUACCCCUACGACCGCAUGCAGAAGCUCUGGGGAGUCAACGUGGACGGCUCGUACCUGUUCGCCGUGGGCGUCGCCAAGCACCUGCUCGAGCGCAAGGCGCCCGGCUCCAUUGUCAUGAUCGGCAGCAUGUCCGGGGCCAUCGUCAACGUGCCCCAGCCGCAGGCGCCGUAUAAUGCGGCGAAGGCCGCAAUCAGGCACCUCGCCGCGUCCCUGGCGGUUGAGUGGGCGCCGGCGCAUAUCCGUGUUAAUUGCAUUAGUCCCGGAUACAUGUUGACUGCGCUAACCCGCAAAAUCUUAGACGAUAACCCCGAACUCAACCGCCAAUGGACUUCCCUCAUCCCACAGGGAAAGAUGGGCGUCCCCGAAGACCUCAUGGGCGCCGUGACGUUCCUCCUCAGCGAUGCGAGCAAGUAUGUCACUGGAGCCGACCUCAGAGUUGACGGCGGAUAUACCCUCACGUAG